AUGGUUAUCUUAUGCUAUGAAAUCAUCGUGAAAAAUUCUUUUAAUCAAUUAAAAACUAUAUUUUUUAGGUAUAUAAACAUCAGCGAUGUAUUAUUCCGGGAAGCUCGUCUAUCUCUAGAGCAUCGAAUCUGCGACAACAUCGAUUUGGAAAUUAUUGUUACAGAGUAUGAAAAUUAUUACAAGAUGAGAUUCCAAAAAUAUCCCAUAUUGUGUAAAAAAAUAACUGGAAGGGAAAUAAAGACUGGAAGAGAAAUGAAAAAUGCAAGCAAAGUUAAGAUAAACGUCAAAUCUGUUAGUAAACAAACGAAAAGUGAGACCCUGAAAGAGAAGACAGAGAAGACCCUACAACAGAAGAUAACUGAUGACACUACAAACCAUAUUAAUCUUGCUAUGACCGUGACACCCAUUCUCCCCAGUGAAAAUGAUGAAGCUUCGUCAGAAGAGCUAUUUAACGCCCCAAUGGAACAAUCCAUACAAUCAAAGAUAUGGAAAUGCACUGAAAAACUUUAUUCAGAUAAUCCAGAACUGCGAAGAAUUGCUGAGGACAUUUCCUGUGAGAUCAUAUUGAACAAUUUAAAUGUACAUUGGGAUGACGUUGUAGGCCUAGAGGAAUGUAAAACCGCUGUUAAGGAGGCCGUAGUGUAUCCUCUAAAGUAUCCUAUCUUUUUUGACGGCCCGUUUUCUCCCUGGAAAGGUAUUCUGUUAUACGGACCACCUGGUACAGGGAAGACAAUGUUAGCGAAGGCAGUAGCGACAGAAUGCCAUUGCACCUUUUUUAACAUAACGGCCAGCUCAUUGGUAAGCAAAUGGAGAGGUGAUUCCGAGAAGUACAUACGUGUUUUAUUUGAACUUGCCUAUAGUCAUUCGCCUACAAUUAUUUUUAUCGACGAGAUUGACUGGAUAGCCACGAAUAAAGGGGACUGUAUAUUAUCUGAACCUGCAAAGAGAUUCAGAUCAGAACUUCUUUCUAGAUUGGAUGGAUUAGUGUCUAAUGAAAAUUCUAAUGUAGUUCUUUUGGCUGCCACUAAUUCCCCCUGGGGCAUUGAUGCAGCUUUACUCAGACGCCUUGAAAAGCAAAUAUACGUAUCAUUACCCAAUGAAGUUGCUCGACUUGGUAUAUUCAAAUUAUACCUUAGCAACCACUUAUUAGAAAAUACAGAUAUUGUAAACCACAUAAUAAAAUGUACUGAAAGAUAUUCUUGCGCAGAUAUAAAAUUGCUUUGUAAGCAAGCAUGGCUGCUAGAAAUAAGUCCAAUAUGGAAGAGACUUGAAAAAAACGAAACAUCUGUUACUGCUUUGAAAUAUGAAUUAAAGGAUUAUGAAAUAUUAGCAAAAUUGAUUAAAAAAAUGUCACCUACAGUUGUGCAAAUAGAUAAAUAUGAUACGUGGAACAAAUAAAUAGGCAAUCAUAAA